CCCGGCUCAGACAGGAACAACAUGGCGGCUGGAGGCUCGUUAUGUUCGGUGUCUGUGUGAGCGGCUGGUUCUCCGGCAGGAUGAACCUGUGCGGGCAGUAUCUGCGACAGGCAGAAGCCCUGAAGGCUGACAUGACAGAUUCCAAGCUGGGGGCGGCGGAGGUGUGGACGUCCCGGCAGGCCCUGCAGGACCUGUACCAGAAGAUGCUGGUCACUGACCUGGAGUACGCUCUGGACAAGAAGGUGGAGCAGGACCUGUGGAAUCAUGCGUUCAAGAAUCAGAUCACUACCCUGCAGAGCCAGGCCAAGAACAGAGCCAACCCCAACCGCAGCGAGGUCCAGGCCAACCUGUCCCUGUUUCUGGAGGCCGCCAGCGGCUUCUACACACAGCUGCUGCAGGAGCUCUGCACCGUGUUCAACGUGGACCUGCCGAGUCGCGUCAAGUCGUCCCAGCUCGGCAUCAUCAGCAAUAAACAGAGCAGCAGCAGCGCCAUCGUCACGCCACAGCCCAGCUCCUGCUCCUACAUCUGCCAGCACUGCCUCGUCCACCUCGGAGACAUCGCUCGUUACCGUAACCAGACCAGCCAGGCGGAGUCGUACUACCGACACGCAGCUCAGCUGGUCCCGUCGAACGGUCAGCCCUACAACCAGCUGGCCAUCCUGGCGUCCUCUAAAGGAGACCACCUCACCACCAUCUUCUACUACUGCCGCAGCAUCGCCGUCAAGUUCCCGUUCCCAGCAGCCUCCACCAACCUGCAGAAGGCCCUGUCCAAGGCUCUGGAGAGCCGCGACGAAGUGAAAACCAAGUGGAGCGUGUCAGAUUUCAUCCGGGCCUUCAUCAAGUUUCACGGCCACGUCUACCUGAGCAAGAGUCUGGACAAACUGGACGCUCUGAGGGAGAAGCUGGAGGAGCAGUUUCAGAGGCUGAUCCUGCAGAAAGCCUUCAGCUCGCAGCAGCUGGUCCACAUCACCGUUAUCAACCUGUUCGAGCUCCAUCACCUGAGAGACCUGACGGCGGUGGACAGCAGCGAGCAGAGCUACAGCAGUGAGCAGCAGAUCAGCUGGUUCCAGCUGCUCGGACUCUUCAUGUCCUUCUUGGGCGUCAUGUUCAGCCGCGCUCUGCUCAACAAGAGCCGGGGGGGCGAGGAGGUCAUGGGGGAGUGUCCUCUGCCCGCCAUCAAAGUGUCUCUGGACUGGCUCAGACUGAGACCCAGCGUGUUCCACGAGGCCGCCGUGGACCAGAGGCAGCAUAUCUGGCCCUGGCUCGUCUCCAUCCUCAACAGUUUCCAGCCCAAAGAGGACGACGUGUCGUGUUUGUCAGUGACGCCCCUGCCUGAGGAGUUUGAGCUGCAGGGUUUCUUGGCGCUGCGGCCCGCUCUCAGGUCGCUGGACUUCACCAAAGGUCAUCAGGGGAUUCUGGUGGACAGAGACGGUCUGCCGGUCCACACCCGACAUCAGAGACUCAUCGGUCUGGGGAAAUGGGUAGCUGACAGCCAGCCGGGGCUGAUCCAGUGCAGAGUGAGUGAAGACGGCCUCCUCGUCUUUAUCACUGACAUUCCAGAGCAGGCCAUCGAGGAGCCGCAGGAGAAGGAGGCACCGGUGCUGCAGGAGUCGUCAAACGGCGAGCAGACGGCCAACGACGGCGGGAAUUCCGGCCUGAAGUCGGUGCUAUCAGCAGGGAAGACGCAGAGCUCCUGGCCCGACGGCAGCGACCGACCCGUCGUUACCUUCAAAGAGAACAUUAAGCCCCGAGAGCAGAGCCGAGAGCCGACGCGGAACCACAACCUGAAGGACAGCGGGAAGGAGCGCCGAGACUUCAACAAAGGAAACGGGGCUGCGGGGAAAGGAGAGCUGAAGAGGGACGGGAAGAGGAAGAGCGAGCUGAAGAAAGCCGCUCAUGAGAAGACGCCUGAUGCUGUCAAGCAGGUCAAAGCGCAGACGGAGCUGAGGAAGACCCCGGUGUCUGAGGCCAAGAAGACUCCUGGCACUCAGACUCAAACCACCUGCUCCUCCCAGUUCAUCCCAAUCCACCAUCCUGGAGCCUUCCCACCGCUGCCCAGCAGACCUGGAUUCCCUCCCUCGGCCUAUGUGAUCCCUCCCCCUGUGGGGUUCCCGGGACUCCAGGUGAAUCCGGGCUUCACGUUCUCCACCGGAGUAUCCGUCCCCGCCCCUUUCCUCCAGCCGGGUGUCCACACCCAGGCCGGCACACAGGCGGGUAAGCCGUCCCACAUUCCCUACAGUCAGCAGAGGCCCUCAGGUCCCGGUCCAGGUCAGGGACCAGGGUCCUCGGGCCAGAUGCCAGGGCAGAUGAACCAGGGGUCGUCGCAGAAUCAACAGCCUCAGAAUCAGCUGCCCUCUCAGCAGGCCAUGCAGCAGACGGUCCAGCUGCAGGUUCAGGCCAUGAGCCAGCAGCAGCAGUCUCCCACCAAACCGGUGCAGCAGGUCGGGAUGGGGAAGAGUCCACCACACCACCCGGGUCUGCAGCAGUACAUGCAGGUCCAGGAUCAGCCGGCUCAGAUGUGGAACCAGGCUCAGGCCGCCCUGCAGAAGAUUCCCUCCCUGCAGAUGUCCAUGAAGCAGCCCCAGCAGCAGCAGCAGCAGCAGGCCUUCUACAUGGCGGCUCAGGACCCCCUCAAACUGUACGAGCACCAGCUGCAGCCCCCCAGCAUGGACAAGAAGAUCAAGUACCCCAACGUCAAGAUGCAGGACUUCUACUGGGAGCCGUCCUACAGGUUAGGAGAAGGGCUGGCUGUGAUGGCCGACAGGAUGAAGAGGCCUCCACCGGGAGGAAUCUGUCCAGAGCAGGACCCCUCCGCCGGGCCCAGGGGACCCCCGUUUGAGGACAACAAGAGCUCGCCUCUUCUCCCUCCUGACCUGUUAAAAACUCUAGCAGAUUUUGAGGAGGAGGAGGAGCUCGUCUUUACUAAGCCUCCUGAUUUCUUCCAGGCUUUGGCUGGCCCUCUUAGCACUGCUCCCGGACCAAACAUUUUUCAGCUGCCAAACCAGACCAGGAUGGAGAGUGGACCAGAGGUCGUCAGCCAAUCGUCUUCUCUCCUGCCCAUUUCUGGAUUCCCCAUGCAGGAGUAUAACCAGAACAGCAUCUUCAGUCAGGCUUACGGCAAGAACCUGCCGCCCAGCUCCAAGCCUGACACUCCCAUGAUGCACCAGGAGCCCUCCCUCUACUCCCUGUUUGAGGGGACUCCCUGGUCCCCCUCCCUCCCUGCCAGCUCAGAUCACUCCACCCCAGCUAGCCAAUCACCUCACUCCUCCAACCCCAGCAGCCUGCCGUCCUCGCCACCGACACACAACCACGGAGCCAUGCCCUUCUCCAACUUCGGGCCCAUUGGUACUCCGGACAGCCGGGACCGCAGGGUGAUGGACCGCUGGAAGGCCGACAAGACUGGAGCGGUCAGCGGGUUCGGUCUGGACUACCUGCCGGCUGCAGCCUCCUCUGCAGCCUCGGACACCAGCUGGCACCAAGCAGGCCCGCCGGGAGGCUCCUGGACCAAUCAGGAGUGUCCGAUGGAGGAGUCGUCCUCCACCGUGCUGCUCGACAGCCUCAAGUCCAUCUGGUCAAGCUCCAUGAUGCAGCCGGGCCCGUCGGCGUUGGAGCAGCUCCUCCUGCAGCAGAAACAGAAGCAGCAGCGAGGUCACGGCACCAUGAACCCGCCUCACUGAACGGCCGGCCGCCGCGACACUUUGUGUUCUGACGUCAACGGAAAAAAACCCACCACCAGGAGAAAUGGGAGGAGAAAAAAAAA